AUGCUCAGCGCUUGUGUGCACGGCGUCGAGGGACCGGAGGCGCUCCAGGUUGACGUGGUCGAUGGCCUCGUGGUCGAGCGCGCCGAGGCUGGCGACUACGUCGUCGCGAUCGGCCCGUUCCUCCCGGUGCUCGCCAAGCGCCUGGCCGCGCGAAUAGAGCGGCAAGGACUGUGCGUCGGCGACCUGCUGCAGAACGUCCAGCUGGAGCCACUGCGCUCGCUCGCGCAGCUUUUGUGGACGCUCGAGGCGCUGGCGACGGCCGAACGCGCGCCAAAGCUUUUGGUCGUGGACAUGGCGUGCCUCCAGCAGGCCACACACGACGCCUACGAGCUCGGUCUCAUACGGUCCAUCUCGCUUCAGCUCAAGCGUCUCAGCCGACUCUGUGGCUGCAGCGUUCUGCUCGUUUGUCUCGGACCGGCGCACCACGUGCUCUGGCAGGGCAGUGUGCAUUGCACGCUAACUCUACGCACGUCUGGCGCCGAGUCGACGGCUGCGCGUCUCGUGACGGGCACACGCUCUAGCUUUGUGCGUCUGCAAUGAUCUUGCAGCACGGGUCGUACUAGACGACGCAUCCGAGCAUGAGCCACCAACGACGAUGAUGGUGGCGACGUACGUAUUUGGACUUGAGAAAUUUGGGCAGCGUGUCCUUGUUGAGCAUAAACACGAUGGCUUGCUGGGCCUACGUCCCUCAUGAACUGAGA